UAUGAUGAGAUGGCUGGAAGGGAAGCGAAGGGAACGGGAACGCCACCGCUGUACGUCUCCUCCAUCUCCCCCUUCGUGCCUUGCGUGCUUUUCUUUUCUUGGUCGCUGCCUGCCGCCGUUCUCGAUCGCGAGAGGGAGAGGAGAGACCCAGUGCAGGGUAGAUUGGGCUCCGCCUUUGGAUCGAGAAGGACGGAGGGAGGGAGGCGAUGGGCGGCGCGGCGGCGGGGACCAAGUGGUUCCAGCACCUCCAGCGGCUGAGCGCGUCCAAGGUGUCCGCGGAGGCGGUGGAGCGGGGGCAGAACCGCGUCAUCGACGCCUCCCUCACCCUCAUCCGCGAGCGCGCCAAGCUCAAGGCAGAGUUGCUUCGUUCUCUGGGUGGCGUGAAAGCUUCAGCAUCACUCUUAGGAGUCCCUCUUGGUCACAACUCAUCCUUCUUACAAGGGCCUGCCUUUGCUCCUCCCCGCAUAAGGGAGGCCAUAUGGUGUGGAAGCACAAACACUAGCACAGAAGAAGGCAAAGAACUGAAUGAUCCUCGAGUGCUAACUGACGUUGGCGAUGUCCCCAUACAAGAGAUUCGUGACUGUGGUGUCGAAGAUGACAGAUUGAUGGAUGUAGUUAGCGAUUCUGUCAAAACAGUGAUGGAGGAGGAUCCUCUUCGACCAUUGGUGUUAGGAGGCGAUCACUCAAUAUCUUAUCCGGUUGUUAGAGCUGUGUCUGAAAAGCUUGGAGGACCUGUUGACAUUCUUCAUCUUGAUGCACAUCCAGAUAUAUAUGAUUGUUUUGAAGGAAACAUUUACUCACAUGCCUCUUCCUUUGCGAGAAUUAUGGAAGGUGGUUAUGCCAGGAGACUUCUGCAGGUUGGAAUUAGAUCAAUAAACAAAGAAGGACGUGAGCAAGGGAAGAGAUUCGGUGUGGAACAGUAUGAGAUGCGGACCUUCUCAAAGGACCGGGAGAAACUUGAGAAUCUGAAACUUGGGGAAGGUGUAAAGGGUGUGUAUGUCUCAGUUGAUGUUGACUGCCUUGAUCCGGCAUUUGCUCCCGGUGUCUCUCACAUUGAGCCUGGAGGCCUCUCAUUCCGUGACGUGCUCAACAUCCUCCAGAAUCUGCAAGGUGAUGUUGUCGCCGCAGAUGUGGUGGAGUUUAACCCACAGCGCGACACAGUAGAUGGGAUGACAGCUAUGGUCGCCGCGAAGCUAGUCCGGGAGCUCACUGCUAAGAUCUCUAAGUGAGCCAGUGAGGAUUGCACCAUUUCUCUUGAAGCAGAAAGUGGAGUUUUCAGGCUUAUUGGUUAUUGAUCUUGGUUCCUGUGUAUCAGGCACGCAGCAUUUUACAUGCGACAAACUUAUAUUAACUAGUUCGUAAUAAUAUUGAAAAACUUCUCGCCAUUUA